AGUUGAAAACAAACUGUACAAACUACAACUACACCACAUCAACUCUCCCAAGACUUCUGAGAUCAACCAGCACGACCAGGAACCAUGUCCAGUUCUGGGCCAAAGGAGCUGAGGAUUGUCUUCAUUGGAAAGACUGAAAACUUGACUUCACAAAUUGAAGACUUCCUGAAAGAAAAUGCUGUGCAGGAAGACUUUACAAUGGUUUUGGUGAAGACUCUGAUCCAAGACAGUCCAAGUCAAGUCGACGAGACAGAAAACACUGAAGUGUCAAAGGAAAUGCAGAAAGGAACUACAGCAUCCAUCUUUUCUCCUGGUCCCCAUGUGUUUCUGUUCGUGCAAGACUGGGAGAACGGCUUUAAAACACAUGACAUGGAGCGAAUGAAACUCGUUAGGGAGUUCUUUGGUGACGAGUCAGUGCGUUACUUUUUACCCUUGAUCACCCAUGACGAUGAAGAGUUGAAACCAAAGGAUAGAGAUGAAAUAAUGAGUUUCAUUGAGACAAAUUUUGGGUGUGAAAAAGAGAAAUGCAGUGAUAUUGAUGUCGAUAGUGGCAAGGUCCAAGAUCAAGUGAGAAAGUUAGUGGACAAGCUGAGAGAGGUGGCUGAAAACAACAAAUGGGAGUGUUACACAGAGGAAAUGUUCAAGAGGGCACAGGAAGCCCUCUGCCAGAAAAUGCAGGAACUAGAGAAGACGGGACAGAAAGAUAAUGUGAAUGACACACUGACCAAAUUUAUUGAGUUGGUAACUGGAGGGGGCGAAUUAAGCAAGUUCCUGUUUCAACUACAUAGAAAAGUGUCAGACUAUUUCAGUAAAUACACGGAGAAGGUGGCUCAGAAACACAAGAAAUGAGGAUAAAAAACUGGCCUCUAUUCACAAAAGAAUCACAGAGUUUAGAGCAAGUUAAUUAAAUAACAGAAGAAAAAAUGAGACUUUACUCAUGAUUAAAAAAUGAUCGAUUAAUUAAAUCUGCUGUAUUAAAUCUGCAGCUCAGUCAGAGAAACAAACAAGAGGGAAAUAUUUGAUGUUUUUAAUCCGAGUUAUUAAUCUGACAGAUUCGGUUCCUCUGCAGACUGAGAUCAAGACAACAAAUAAAUAAAUCAUGUAUUUUAUCAUUAUUAUAAUUUGCAUGAUAGCAGAAGUGACAUUUACAUGCUCACAGAUUCAAUUGGACUCCAUAUUUUCCAGCUGCAACAUUAUAUUCUAAAUGAUUUAAUGCAAAUACUUCUGUGCUUUUUUCAAUUGUGUUUUUUUCCUUUUAUUGAUGGUGAACAAGGAAUAAUCAGGAAAAAACAAUAAGAGCAGGACAUACGUGUGUGUAUCUAUAUAUAUAUAUAUAUAUAUGUGGGGCAGGUGCAACUUUUGUGUCUAAAAUUGCAAAGAUUUCUUCUCCAUAAAGAUCUGAGUUCUUUCUGUGCCUCUGCUGCAGUUACAGGGAAACCUGAGAACAGAUGCUUUCUGGAGAAUCUGCAGCACAGACUGUAUUUUUCUAUCAAAGUUCUUUUCUUUGGUUUUCUGAAAAACAUGUUAAAUGUUAAAGCCUGAUGGAUUUUGUGCUUCCACUCAGUGGACAUGUUUAAAAAAAAGAAAGAUUGUUUUCUUUUUUCUUUUCCUUUCUUUGUGGUGCUUUUUCAUUCCUUUCUAUGAUGUAACAGAGUUAAGAUGUUAAUGUACGAAUCAGUGUGUGAAAUAAUGCAGCUUCAGUCAGAUAUUAACAGCAGAAUCUCAUCAAUAAAUCAAACAUGAUUGAGACAAA